GGCACGAAUUAAGAUAUACCUUAAUAUAUUCUUAAUUCGUGGUCUAUGGUAGUUCAUGACAGAUAUGUAGCCCGUGGUUUACGUUGGCAUUCCUGUAUUGUCCGUUUUGUAUUUUUGUCCGACAUUUCUACAAUAGUACAAUAGGUAUUGUCAUUUUUCUUAGGUCAUGGUCAUUUGGUAUUCCAAAAUCCAAGAUCCAAGAUUUUAGUGUUUCUGUUUCAACUCGCAGUGAGUGGCAAGUGGCGACGCGUUUUCUCUCUUGUCUUUACGAAUCAAGAUCUUUAUAGGCAGGACAAGGAACUCGCAAGACAUGGGAUGCGAGAAGGAAUACUACAAAUUUUUCCACUACACCAUUCGGCUGCUGAAGGCAAACGUUAUGGAUGACGUCAUAGUGGAACUGUACAAGCAGAAGUCGGCCAACAGCCGGUUCAUGUUCACGCGCUCCCUGCUUCGCAAACACAAAAUUCUAGCCUCGACGUUGGAUGAUGGCUUUGAGUACGAUCAUCCAAGCACGUCGACGAACCUCCGACAAAGUGGCAACGCGUUAUUCAAGGCCGAGUUGUACGAGGAGGCCGCUGAUAUGUACACCAAGAGUUUGAAGGGCAGCAAACCGAGCACCGAGUGUUACGCUCUCGCGAUGGCCAACCGGUCGGCCGCACACUUCUGCAUGGGCAAGUACGACCAUUGUUUGAGGGACGCGCGUUGUGCGAUGGCGACCAAUUACCCGUCCAAACUCGCGUACAAGCUGUACGAGCGGGCUGGGCACGCAGAACGCAAAUUGGGUCUCGUCGAACGGGCUAAGGAGAGCUACGCCGUGUGCCUGACACGACUGGACGAGGCGGACAUGUCUGCAGAGAACAAGCGCAAGUUCAGGGUGGCGGUCGAAAUUGCCGUGACCGAGUGCGAGCAAGUGCUGACUGAGCAGGAAAGGGCGAUGAAAAUACCUAUCAUCGAGCACCUGGUUGGCGGAAGAAACGAUAAUAUCCCUGCACUAUCGGCCUUUGUGGAACUGAAAAUGUCGGAGGAUAUGAGACGAGGUGUUUAUGCCACCCGCGACAUUAACCCCGGUGAUGUUGUAGCCAUAGACGAGCCUUACAUUUGUGGACCUUCGGGAAAUGAUACAGAAGUUUGUCAUUAUAAUGGUUGCCUAAAAAUGGAUUUUGCUCUUUUUCGUUGUCCAAAAUGUUUUAUGGUUUAUUACUGCACUAAAGACUGUAUGGAUAAAGAUUACAAAGAAGGACAUAAUUUUGCAUGUCCAAUUAUAUAUUUUAUCAGAUCAAGAAUACCAGGAAUCUCAAGAAUGAAUGAACUUGCUAUGAAAUGGUUUUUAAAAGACUAUUUAAAAAUGGGUUUAAAAAAAUAUUGUUCGAUAGUUGAUAACUUUUCUGAAUCUAAAAUUGAUCAUAUAACGAGAGGUUUUGAUGAGAUUGGUCAAUAUAAGUCUGAUAAUUUUUUAACGGCUUAUUCUUUAGAUAAUAGGGAAAACAAAAUGCCAAUGGAGGUCUUGUUUUUUUUUAACUGUAUUGCAGUUGAUAUGUUGCAUUAUUUAAUAUUAAGUGGCUUCAAAAUUCCAGAACAGUAUAUGGGUAGUGUGGGCGCUUCCUUGGUGCAUAUUCUAACUGUUUUAGAUUUAAAUUGUAGAAAGUUAAACACCAAUGCCCCUACUGUAUCUUUUCGAAGUGAUACUUAUACAAUAGCAUUAACUUUAUAUCCAACCAUUUCCUUGUUCAACCAUUCUUGUGAUGCAAAUAUUAAGAGGAGUGGAGAAAGAAUUGAUAGAAUAAGAGUUAUGAAAGCAAUUCAACCAAUUCCUAAAGGAACUCAGUUAUGCUGUAGUUAUGGAAUAAUUUUUAAUGGACAUGAUACAGAAUCAAGGCAAGAAGUUUGCAAUGAUCGUUUUAACUUUAAGUGCUACAGCCAGCCUUGCAUAAAGAAUUUGCCAACAUUUCAUUUUAUACCAAAACACCAUUCUACAUUAACUUAUAUUCUGAAUCCUAGUAUGGCAGAUAUUGUGUCAUCCGAGUGCAAAAAGUUUGUGGAAUUUACCAAGUCAGUGGAACCAAAAGAUCAUUGUCAGCAUUUAAAUUAUUUAUAUUCAUUUAUUAAACUUUUAUAUACUAAUGUUAAACGACCAUUUGCAUUAUAUGAGGAAUGUCUUGAAAUGAUAGGUAAUGCCCAUAGCAUAAGUACCAAUGUAAUCCGUGCUUGUGAAGAUUGAUAUUUUACUUUUAUAAUAAGUUUAUUAAUAAUUAA